UGCGCUCCAGGUUCGAUUAGCCGGACUGUUGUGCAGUGCGUCACCCUCACCCGUCUCUCGCGAGGCGCCGCCGCCGCCACCGCCGUUGCAGUGGCGAUUGCUCCCGCCUGUCGCGGCGGGCGGGCGCGCGCUAUGGCGAUGCGGGGAGCCUCGCGCCUGGCGUGGUGCCUCCGGCGGGUCGGGGCCAGCGGCGGCUGGCUCCUGCUGGAGGCCGGCACCCAGGUAACUAUAGGCCGAGGAUUAGAUCUCACGUACCAGCUGGUGUCAAAAACCUGUCCCUUGAUGAUCUCUCGUAAGCACUGUGUUUUCCAGCAAAAUGCAGAAGGGCAGUGGACUGUCAAGGAUAACAAGAGCCUAAAUGGAGUCUGGCUUAACAAACAGCGCCUGGAUCCCUCAAAAGCCUAUCCUAUCACUGAAGGAGACCGUAUCCAGUUGGGAGUGCCUUUGGAAAACAAAGAGACUGCUGAAUAUGAGUAUGAAGUAAUUAAAGAGGAGUGGGAGAAAAUCAGACCCUUUUUAGCCCAAAGGAAUGACCUGGCGAAAGCUAAGAGUUCAAGAACUAAACGUAAAUUUACUUUGGAGGAAUCAGAGACAUCUGGAUCAGAAGGCCCUUCAAACUCCAGAUACAAAAGAGACAGGGUGUCCUGUGACAAUGAACAUUUGGGUAGAUCAUGGGGACAGGUAGAAGAGGCCAAACAGUUAACAGAGAAGAUGGAUGUCAAACUGCCUUCUCCUGGACCAAGUGAGGAGGAUACUGGUCCAGUGCGUAGUAGCCCUGUGCACUCUGAGAAAGCCGUGUCGGUCCCCCAUAAGGACCAGAAAGGCUCUGGUCUUGCACAGUCAUGGACUGGCUUGGAAAUGCUGAGGAAAACUCUAGUAGAUAUAAUGAAGUUAAAGGUCAAAGUGCAGGAGAAGCAGACAGCAGUUCUGAAUGUGAAGCAGAAGCGCAGGAAGUGUGCUCAGAAGGAGAUCCUGGCAAUGGAGCAGGAGCUGCAGGAGCUGCAGGACCAGCUGUACAUGGAACAAGAGCAUCAGCAGCAGCAGGUGGAAGAGCUGGAGAGGACAUUCUCUGAAGAGCAGCAGAAGGUAGAGGGAGUAAAGUGGCAACAUGGGGAAGAGAAUCUGAAGGAGCAACUGGCCCAGGUCCUGCAAGAGCAUCAUGCUUUGAUGGAAGAACUGAGCCGUAGUAAAAAAGAUUUUGAGGACAUAAUUCGAGCCAUGAAUAAAGAACUGGAAGAAACCAAGGAGGAGAAGGAAAAGGUGAGAGCCCAAAAAGAAGAGGUGUUGAAUCAGAUGAAUGAUGUGUUGGAGAAUGAGUUGCAGUGCACAAUCUGUUCUGAGCACUUUAUUGAGGCGGUCACUCUGAACUGCGCGCACAGCUUCUGUUCCUACUGUAUCAAUGAGUGGACAAAACGCAAAGUGGAAUGCCCUAUCUGCAGGCAGGAGAUCAAAUCAAAGACACGCUCUCUGGUGCUGGAUAACUGCAUUGACAGGAUGGUAGAAAACCUGGAUGUGGAAAUGAAAGAGCAUCGCCUGACCCUUAUCAGAGAGCGGAAAGGUGAGAGAGAAACAGAAUGUGUUGGUGAAACCAGCCACAGACAAUGACAGCAGUGUAAUUUCUUCCAUCUACUCCAUCUUGUCGAUGAGCAGCUGUGACAGUGAGGACUCUGAGGAGGAUUCUUACUAUCGUGAAAGCUACUACAUGAUCUAAACACUGCUACUGCAGUCCUGUUUGCCCAUGUGCUGCCCAGAACCAGCCUAAUGGUGUUUGGUUGACUGCUGCUGGACGAGUGGACUGGACAUCUGGAAGGACAGACUCUGAAGACGUGGGAGCUGAGAACUAGCAGCAUUUGGAAUUACCUUAUUUUUAAGAUGAAUGUAGAGAAGCUUGAUCUCAAACAAAAUUGGGAUUGUGAGAGAACAGGCUACCAUUAUGCUAGAUGGUUGACAUACAAAGCCUAGGCUUCCAUGAUCACUUGUGACCUGCUCGGUGUCAUGUAACAGUUUGUAUGUGUCACUGCCCUUUCCUUAGUGAAUGACAUGUUUAAAUGUGUACAUCGGCUUCCCUUAUUUCAGGCAGCAGAAGGGAUGGCCCAAGCUAUUUGAGAACUUGGCCGCCAUCACCAGCAGGCAGUAGAGGUAUAUCAGCAAAAAGUGCCAACGUGGGUUUUCCUCUCAAAUUUCAGAGUGGCUAGAGUCAUCCCAGGCCUCCGGCAGUAAAGGUAACAAAGGUUGGGUUAUGGACCCUAUCAGUCUUAAAUGCUUAAAAGCAUUGUACGCUGAGCUGCUGGCCAUCCAUUUUCUCUGUUGAUGUUACUCAUUUUCUGUUAGAUAGGGAUGGAGAAGAUUAAAUUUUCCAGAAUUUCUUAGCUAGUGCUCUUUUCAUAUAGUGUCUGUCAUUUGUUCCCUCUUCUGGUGUUUGCCUAAAGGGUUUUAGAAUUGGGAAGGGCACAUCCAGAAGUUAUCAGCAAUGACUUCAGAAACACAUAUAGUUAUUGUCAGCAGCAGAGAGGAAUCUCUGCCUCUUCAGAAGUGCUGCUAUCUGAAUUAGUGGAAUGUCCUGUUGGCAGGGUAGGAAAGCAGCACUUGUGGGCAGCCACACGGCACAGAAGGAAGCAUUUAGUUUUAUUGUUUACAAAACAGUGCUGUUGAGCCGUGGGUUGUAUCACCCUCACAGCAAAUCACUGAUCCCUAAGAGACUGAGCAAACCUUGCUUUGUCCUGUCAUGAGCUUGUCUAUGAAGUUCCAUUCUCAGUGGCAUAUGCUUCUGACUUAGCUGUUACAUGGAAAGGACUGUUUUACACUGUGAGAAGAGGAUGGGGGAAGCCUUUCUCAUCUGUGAUAUUUCUUUGGCUACUUGUAUGUACUUUCUGUAUUUAUUUUGUUUAAGAAGGAAAAUAUAAAUCCAUUUCUGCAUUA